CGACUACUACUUUAACCCUACAAAUAAAAACAUAAAUAAAUAAGAAAAGUAACUUGGUAUAAAAAACUAGUAAUCAUUUAUUGAAUAAUGGACAACACAAAAGUCACACAAUUACAGAACCAACUUGAAGUUGCCAGAAGAGAAAUACACAACCUUAGACAACAACUGUCCUCAUUAAGCCAUCUACAUCAGAAAGAGAUUAGAAAUAUUAAUUUAGCAUUAGAGAAAUGGCAGUGUAGUGACUGCAAAAACAGAACUGAACAGGCAAGCUUUUCAAAUACUGCUGCUAGUAGUGUCAGUGAGGAUUUUACUUUUAAACCAAUAGGUACAAUUAGCACACAUUUUCCGGAGAAAAGAGGCACACCUAGACAACCCGGUAUAUGUAAAGAUACUGUUGCAAAGUUAACCUUAAACAAAGAUGUCUUUACAAACCCAUAUCAUGCUCUAGAAGGCCUUCAGGAAUUUUCUCAUAUGUGGAUAUUAUUUUACUUUCAUAAAAAUGAUGUUACUCAUAUAAGAGCUAAAGUGGCUCCACCCCGACUUAAUGGUAUUAGAACCGGUGUAUUUGCUACUAGAUCUCCACACCGUCCUUGUGCAAUAGGAUUAUCAUUAGUAAAAAUAGAUAGAAUUAUGGAUAAUAUUAUUUAUUUCAGUGGAGUUGAUAUGGUAGAUAUGACACCAGUUUUUGAUAUCAAGCCUUAUAUACCACAAUAUGACAACCCUGGACUGAGCACACAUUUGGAUUCUAGAUUAAAUGAUGUAGGCAAUAAUGAUGUGUCUGAUUCUAACACUGGUUUGAGGAAUAACCCAUUGACUGAGCAAAUUCAUAUUGAUAUACCUCAAUCGCCAAACCAAGGUCAUGAGUCAGAAUUAGUUGUAAAUGCUCCAUCUCUUUCAGCAAGAGAAAUGGAUGGCCAAGAAAAUGGUAGGGAGACACAAAGUUUAGAAACACCUGGGAGCAAUGAAUCUAGAACAGUAAACACAUUCUACAGAGAUAACUCACGUAUAGGUGAAAGGGAAGCUCCUGAUGGUGAAGAAGAAGAAUCGCCACCAGGUGCACCCCAAAGAACUGCAGUAUCUACAGCACCAAGCACAUCUUCAGGUCAUGUUAGAGUACCUUCUUGGAUAGACCAAGCCCCAAUUUCUAGACUGGAUGUAAGUUUUAAGGACAGAGCUACAGCACAGUUGCAGGAAUUGGGCACAGAAGGUGAAGAGAAAAGAAAAAUUAUAACAAAUGUAUUGCAAGAAGAUCCAAGAUCAGUGUACUUGAGGGAAAGAUGGGGUGGUCAUUGUUAUGUUUUUAGAAUAGCUGAACUAUAUGUUUCAUGCAAAUUUAAUGAUACCACCCACUCAGUGAUUGUUUACCAAAUAUUUCAAAAUGAGAGGCAAGCUGAAGGCGACGAGUAAUUAUAAUUACAUUAAUUUAAAAAUUAGAUUCAAUAUACUUAUUAUUAUAGGACAAAGAAAUAUGAUUUUAAUAUAUUUUCAAAUAUGCAUUUCUAUAGAUGUAGCUUUAUAAAUUGUAUAAUUUAUAGCCAAUUUUGUCAAUUAUUGUAGCACUGACCUAAUAAAAUCCAUUUUUAUUU